AUCGGAGGCGGGGGAUGCUGUAUAAAAGCUCACCGACACCACACUCCGGCAUCAGUGCAACACCCGAUCACCCCAAAGCCGACCACAGUGCUCCACCAUGAAGAUCGUUCUGCUUUUCUGUGCCGUGGCUCUGGUCGUGGCUGACAAAGAGGCUAAAAUAGUGAACUACCAAUCCAACAUUGAAGAGGAUGGAUCAUACAAAACCGAGUACGAGACAACCAAUGGCAUCAAGGCUCAGGAGGACGGCAUCUCCUACCCCGGCAACGUCCCCGAGUCUGGCAACUACGUGAGGAGCGGCUCGUACUCGUACGAAUGGGAGGGCGUCACCUACACGGUCACCUGGACGGCCGACGAGAACGGCUUCCAUCCUGUUGGCGAUCACCUGCCCGACUUCAGUUUUACGCGUGAACACAUCGGUGGUAUUGACGAAUUCCAGUAAAACAGAACAACACCAAUCGGGGCCAGAACGACUCCGCAUGAUAUUAGAUUCCGAUGCUUUCAAGAGAAGACACCGACCUGCAUCCCACUCCCCCGAUCCUUCUGCAUACUAUAUUUGAUAGUGUUUAUUUCGCCCGAAUUUUAAGCAGCUCGACAAUUUUUCAGUGUUGAUGAUGUUAACAUUUGUUUUUAGUUUCAUUAUUUUUCAUGUGUGUUUGUUUGAUCUGUACUUAGUGUCAAUGUUUUGUCGUCGUCCCUGAUGCAUCAUACUUGUUUCCCUCGUGUUAUAUGUGAAGGUCCUCGUCAACGUAAUGUGUGUCCUUUGUCCUACAUGUGAACUUCAUGCACUUCAUAAUAUGCCAUAAAAAACUGUUAUCGUCAUAAAGUGAUCAAAAUAUAUUUUCCUCAGCCA